GUAUUGCCCGCCACUGCCGUUGGUGCGACCGGCGGCGACGAGAUUCGCAAGUAUAUUGCAGCAGCAGCGAAAUCCCAGUCGCCACCGACGGCAACAAUUUUGUUCAAGGGAACUCGGCUUGGAGUCAGGCCAGCGCCGGUUGUUGCUUCGUUUUCAGCUAGAGGUCCAAAUCCAGAGUCUCCUGAAAUCGUGAAGCCUGACGUGAUUGCGCCUGGUUUGAACAUUCUUGCUGCUUGGCCUGAUAAAAUUGGGCCCUCCGGAAUUCCUACCGACAAGCGUACCACUGAGUUCAACAUACUCUCCGGCACUUCAAUGGCCUGUCCUCAUGUCUCUGGCUUGGCUGCCCUGCUGAAGGCAGCACACCCAGGAUGGAGUCCAGCAGCUAUAAAAUCGGCCCUAAUGACCACAGCUUAUACUUUGGACAACCGGGGUGACACAAUGUUGGAUGAAUCUUCAGGCAAUACUUCCACGGUCUUGGACUUUGGAGCUGGCCAUGUUCAUCCCCAAAAGGCGAUGGACCCUGGUUUAGUCUAUGACCUGAACACAUAUGACUAUGUUGAUUUCUUGUGUAAUUCCAACUACACCACUAAGAAUAUCCAAGUAAUCACCAGGAAGAUUGCAGAUUGUAGUGGCGCGAAAAGGGCUGGCCAUUCUGGGAACUUGAAUUACCCAUCAUUGUCUGUGGUGUUUCAGCAAUAUGGUAAGCAUAAGAUGUCUACACAUUUCAUAAGAACUGUGACCAACGUUGGGGACGCCAAUUCUAGCUACAAGGUAAUAAUAAAGCCACCAAGUGGGAUUUCAGUGACAGUGGAGCCAGAAAAGCUGGUGUUUAGAAGGGUUGGGCAAAAAUUGAGCUUCUUGGUUAGGGUCCACGCAGUGGCUGUUAGGCUCUCCCCUGGAAGUUCUAGCAUGAAGAGUGGUUCUAUAGUUUGGACUGAUGGAAAGCACGUGGUCACGAGUCCUUUGGUCGUCACCAUGCAGCAACCUCUGCAGUAGGAUCCCCAUAAUUUUGCUUCCCAACUACCUAAGGUUUCCUCUGUAUGUACAAUGGAAAUGCUUUUCCUCUCUCUUUCUUUUAAUAUUUUUUUUUCUAAGUUUUCAAUAUCAGAAAACUGGUGGGGUUUGGUUUGUGACACAAAGAGAAGGAUGAUGAGUAUCUUUGGUUGUAAGACUAUGGAGAAUGUUUGUAAAAUAGUGUGCUUAGAAGAAUAGGCCAGAGAUGAAUGCAAAAAGUCUUUUCUCCAGAA